AAUUGAAGAAACCAUUGAUUCAGUUAUCUUUCCAAUUGUCUCACCAAGAUCAAUCAUGAAUAAUUCAGGAUAAAAUGUAGUCGUUAAAAUAUCAAAGUAAAUAAUUAAAGUCAGUUGAAUCUAAUGAUUAAAUACAUCAUAAAAGUGUCUUCUCACUUCCAAAUGAGAUUUACAGUGAAAGUUAUUAUAAAUUAAAAAGCGCUAUUCUAAUGUGGAAUAAAUAGUUGACUUCAGAAUAGAACAAAUUCGCGUCAAAACGCAUCUCUUUUCAAAUGGUUAAAGUCAUUUUCACCGCAAAUCAGUUUAAUUCAGUGUUAAUUACAUUCUUUUUUCUAUUGUUUAUAUUGAUUUAAUUUAUUAUUUUCCAGACACAUCCAUCAUUUACUCAAAUAUUUUGAUUGUGUCUUUAAUUGUGUUAUUUUUUGGUUUAAUUUGGCCAGAGCCGGGAAAAAAGGUGACAAAUGGCAAGUCAAGAGUCACUGGAUGAAAAUGAUUAUUCAUCAAUUCAAGCAAUUUUGAGUCUUGCUGAAAAAAUGGCGAGAAAAAAAGACUUAAAGGUCAAGAAAAGACGCGUUAAAAAAUUCGGUUGGACUAGAAAGAAAAGAUCAAGAGCUGUGAGAGCAAGAAAAGCAAUUGAAUUUCAUGUUGAACCUCAGUAUCAAGAAUCUGCAUGUCCUGAAAUAAUUCAGCCGAAUACGUCCGAAGAAGAAGAAAGAGAAGAAAUUAAAGGUUUUAAAGUUUAUUUAUUUGACAAAAAUUUUGGUCGAAAAAUACCAAGGAAGAAGAAAAAUGUAUUUCGAAAUUGAAAAUAAUAAUUUGGAUGAAUUAGUAAUUCGUCUAUGAUUGUUAAUAAAUUCAGUUGAUAAUUCAUUAUGAAGUUGACUGUACGUCAAUAUAUCGAUGGUUAAAUCGAUUCAUCGUAUGAGAGAAACGAUUAAAAAAA